CAGCUGAAUUUUAUUUCGUCGCAGUACAGAGCAAGUUUUUUCUGUUUUGCAGUUUUCUUGGAUUGAAUUGAAUUGUGAAAAAGAGUUUGUAUUAUUUCAUUAUUUUCUGUAUUAACUUAAAAGCAAAAAAAAUCCUUUACAAUGUCUGAAGUAAACGAUCUAAUGAAUCUUCCGGAUGAAAACAUUGACAUGAUCGCAGCUACUUCCGUGCUGCAACAACAAGCUGCUGAUAUCCGCAGCAGGACCGUUAAUUGGUCUUCCUAUAUGCAAUCGCAAAUGAUUUCCCAGGAGGAUUACCAAUGCAUUAGCUCCCUGGAUAAAGGAAAAGCCGUUUAUUUCGAGCAAAAUCCUCAACAGACUGUUAAAACCUUCCUUAACUUGCUUUCACAUGUGUCUAAGGAUUCGACAAUACAAUAUAUUCUUGUCAUGGUUGACGAUUUGUUGCAGGAGGAUCGCAACCGUGUUGAUUACUUCCAUGAAUAUGCUGCCAAACGCAAAGAAAGUGUUUGGGGACCUUUUCUUAACCUAUUGAAUCGUCAAGAUGGUUUCAUAGUAAAUAUGACCUCACGUAUUGUUGCCAAAAUUGCAUGCUGGGGCCACGAACUUAUGCCAAAGUCCGAUCUAAACUUCUAUUUACAAUUCCUUAAGGACCAGCUGACUAUGCACGCUUCAGCCUAUGUCAAAGAAAUGGCUAAUCGGGCGAAACGUGUGCAGACCGUUAUAGUACAUCAUCAUGCGCAUAGUAUUGCACACGGACUGGGGACCUUGUUUAAUCCACAUAACUCGUCGAACCAUAACGCACACCGUCAUGCCCAAGCAUACGAACACUAUCGCGACAUGACAGAUCAACAAGUCGGCGAAGAUGGCAAACUCUCUAUUCCGACAAAUGAAUAUAUACAAUCUGUCGGCCGCUGCCUCCAAAUGAUGCUUCGUAUUGAUGAGUAUCGUUUUGCCUUCGUUUCUGUUGAUGGUAUCAGUACGUUGAUCAGUAUUUUGUCGUCUCAUGUUAACUUCCAAGUACAGUAUCAAUUGGUCUUCUGUUUAUGGGUCCUGACAUUUAAUCCUCUAUUGGCUACAAAGAUGAAUAAAUUUAGCGUCAUUCCGAUACUAGCUGAUAUACUUAAUGACUGCGCUAAGGAAAAGGUGACCCGCAUAAUUUUGGCUGUAUUCCGUAAUUUAAUUGAGAAACCUACGGAUCCACAAGUAGCGAAAGAACAUUGUAUUGCCAUGGUGCAGUGUAAAGUUUUGAAGCAACUAUCUAUUUUUGAACAACGUCGUUUCGAUGAUGAGGAUAUAACUGCUGAUGUUGAAUUUUUAACUGAAAAACUACAAAACUCAGUUCAAGACUUGAGUUCAUUCGAUGAAUAUGCAAGUGAGUUGCGUAGUGCACGCUUGGAAUGGUCACCAGUUCAUAAGUCAGCCAAAUUCUGGCGUGAAAAUGCACAUCGUCUCAAUGAAAAGAACUAUGAAUUGUUACGCAUUUUGGUACAUCUCUUGGAAACAUCCAGAGAUCCCAUCAUACUUUCUGUUGCAUGCUUCGAUAUCGGCGAGUACGUGCGUCACUAUCCCAGAGGAAAGCAUGUCUUAGAGCAAUUGGGUGGCAAACAAAUUGUAAUGCAACUUUUAGGACAUGAUGAACCAAAUGUACGCUACGAAGCCCUAUUGGCUGUACAAAAACUAAUGGUGCACAAUUGGGAAUAUCUUGGCAAACAAUUGGAGAAAGAUAGUGAAACUCAGACCAAACAAGGAGCAGCGCCAAUUAGCGGCAAGGCUUAAAUAUGCUUAUAUCUGGAACAGUUACAACUAAAUCCGGACGGCAUUACUAUUGUGCACACUAAAUUUGCUGCUAUACAAAAGCCUAUAUACUUUGAAAAUCGAAGUUCAUUUAGUUAUAAAUAUAUAAAAUCUUUCAAAUUAAAUCAAUUUUGAAAACAAAAAUGACACAGUAUUCUCUAUUCUGUAUCUUGUCUUUAACUUUAACUUUAACUAAAUUGGAUCAUUCCAAAAAGACCGUUUUUUCUUAUUUUAACAAAACUUAUUUC